UUACUAUAUAUUACAUACUGCCUUGAUUUCCAUCAUUUCUAUCUCUCUCUCUCUCUAUUCAUUAUUCUUUUGUUUUAACCCAACAAAAGAAAUUAAAUACAUCAGUAUGGAAGAUCAGUUUCCGAAAAUGGAAAACUUCAUGCACAAGGAAUUGCCAUCUUAUUUUCAUGGUAUGGUGCCAUCAGGAUCGAAGUUUUUUGGCGAUUCAAUCUUCUGGGGUGCCUUAAAUGACACUGGUUGUGGUGAUGACACUGGCUGUGGCAAUAACAUGAAGUCUUCAUCUUCCUCACCUGAUAGAUUGUUUUCGAGUUCCGAGUCUAGUUCAUCGGCUGAAGAAGUUUCUGGUGCCAGUUUGCUUAGUAACAUUCCUGGAUUUAUUAAACAGGAUGUUAUUAGAGAAAAGUUUGUUUCGGGAUUGAGUUGUUUUCAUCCACACCGCGGCGCUUCGGUUUCUGAUGUUAAAGAUAGUUUUAUUCCUGUAAAUUUCUUGGAGUCUUUUCCAGAACUAACUCAAGCUCAAGUUUCUGAACCGCCUUCUCCGUCUUCAUUAUCCACCACAUCGAAAUUCCCAAAUUUAACUUUGUUUUUGCAGGAACCUCCCAUGUUAAAUCCUGCCACACAAAUGGCUAAUUCACUUGGCAAAAACCAAGAGAAUCAUGAAAUUAUGUCAUUGUCUCCAAACCCUUCAUUUCAUUUGCCGCAACCUGGUCAUCUUCAGUGUCAACCAGGCAACGAAUGGCUCAAAAUCGAUCGAAGUUUGGCAAAUUAUUCAUCUAAAGGCUUCAGUGAUUACUGGCUCAGUACUACUAAAACACAACCGAUGAAAUACAGUGGAAGAAAACUGCAAAACCAGCAUCACAAGGGUUCAAAUUUCUCAUCAGUUUCAUCACCCGGAAAGCUUUAUAGAGGAGUAAGGCAAAGGCACUGGGGCAAAUGGGUUGCAGAGAUAAGGCUUCCAAGAAAUAGAACAAGGGUUUGGUUGGGGACUUUCGACACGGCGGAAGAAGCCGCUAUAGCUUAUGACACAGCCGCAUAUUUGCUACGCGGAGAAUAUGCACAUUUGAAUUUUCCAGAACGCAAGCAUCAAUUAAAGAUCAGUUCUUUGAAUGGAACAACGGCGGCUCUUCUUGAAGCGAAGUUGCAGGCAAUAUCCCAAGACAUUUCUUCAAAUAAAAAGUCUAAUGAACACCAGCAACCAUCGACUUCGCCAAAGAAGAAUCCAUCCGCUCAGAAUGCAAAAGUACUAAAAAAUUUGCUCCAAAACACACAAACUACAACAACAAAUUGGCAGUUUGAGUUGGAGAGUCAAGGUGGAUCUGAAAUGACUGAAAAUACCAAGAAAAUUCAAGAGGUUUCAUCGGAGAUGGACACUGUUCAGUUAAGUAGAAUGCCCUCGUUGGACAUGGAUAUGAUUUGGGAUGCUCUUUUGGUCUCUGAUUCAUGACAUUUUUUUUUUUUUUCUUUCUUUGAAAUCAAACUUCAUGAGGGGAUUAUGUUAAUUUCUUCAAUAGGGAGCCCAUUAGUUUGGUUUUUCUUUUUUAAUUACUGGUCAUAUUAUAGGACAAGCUAUAUGCACCUUCAUCAAUGGUGGAUUUAAUUAGCUUAAGUGAUGAAGUACUUUAAGCAAUUUCUUUCCA